GGGCUGUGAUCAUUUCACGUAAACUUUCUAUCUAUAUACCAUGUCUUUUAAAAUACUUAACAUAAGUGGGAGUCUUACGAUGCAGUAUUAUUACAUCUGCAUUAGUCAGCUUACUGGGGCUGACAAUGAUUAUCUGCCUACCAAGAAGCUUCUUAAGCAUCAACAGUGAGAAGUGCAACACAUUCUUCCCCAGAAAAAGAAAAUGGCACGUCGAGCUCCUGACGAUGACUUAUCAUAUGAGCGUUUCCGUGGUCCUCGCCGAGCAGAAACGUUACCCGUCCGGUUUGAUGAGAACCCCACACAAAUACCGGAAAUUGGCGUUCACCAUGGACGUAGUCGAGAACAGCGCCAUGUCGGUGGACCAAGUUCUCCACGACGUAUUAUAGAUGAUGAAAACGAUGAUUACGAUUUCUACAGUGAUCAGCGGUCAACCAGACUACCCCGUCGCACUGUUUCUCCGAGCCCACCACCACGUCACUUUACUAGAAGUCGUCCCAGAAGUCCGUCUAUAGCGUCUGUCAGUCAUCGUAGAGACCAGGCGUCAUCGUAUUAUAGCUCGGCGCCUCCUCCUGUGUCUAGUUAUGACAAAGCUGAUGACAAAAUUUACUUGAAAAGAGCGGCUGCAAGAGAACAACCUUACUCUACCCAUCGUACCAGGUCUAGGGAAAGAUACCGCUCCAGGUCCAGGUCUCCCAACCGGUAUCGAUACAAUAGGUCUCGAAGUUCAAGUCAUGACAGAGUGCCCAACUUAAACAGCUAUGAUGGAAGAUAUGCAAUCCCCGAAACUAAGGCCGCCGAAACCUAUAUCGAGUCAUUCAACCCCGAGUCUGAGGCAUAUUCUUUCAGGCUUUCCCGCCUUGAUAAAAAUGCGCUGGAGUCAGAAAUAACAGAUGACUUGAAGUCAGGGUUUUCUGAGAAGGAAGUACCAUCUCUCCCGCUUCAGAAACAUAAAUCGUCGACAAUACAACGUCCUAAAAUUGAUAAGAUAAUACAAUCCCAUUAUAACGGCGAUGGAAUCAUGGGAGGAAUACAUUCUGUCAAUUUUACGAUAACCCCUGGGCAAGCUGGACCUACUACAAAAGUGCCCAUGCCUCUUUUCAGUUGGGUUCAAUUCGAAGAUUCAACAAUGGAUUUUGAGAGCUUCCAGAGUGGCAUAAUGAAUCUUGAUGGACUGAAAGAAAGUGAAAGACUUGGUAUUUCUAGGCUACUAGACCUCGUGAAAAGAAGAUACCAUAAAACAUUGCAGGUUUCCAGCCGCGCUAAAGUAGGGCAUAUGAUUCCAAAGGUUCUACAAGAAUCGCUCCGCGAUGAAACUCCAUCCACGUCAUUAAAACCAAGGAAACUUACAUGGCUUUGUCUACCGUACUUUUCUCUGCAAAAAUACACUUCUUCAAAUGUAAAGUCUUCAUCCCACCCCCCAAGGACACUCUUACAAGCACGACAAUCUAUGACACCGAAGGAGCGUGACUUGAAGCAAGCCGUAUGCCACCUACCAGACACACCAGCAGGAUCUUGCUUUCAUAUCGGCCAGGCUUGGUUUCUCAUCCUAGACGACUCUUCCAUAAUAUCGUGUUCUGGAUUAUCUACAGCGCAAAUGAGCAAAGACUCCAUUUCAAAGACUCCAUUUCGAAAUGACAACGCCAGUUCACUGAUGCAUACGCUUAACGUGUCUGACUCAGGCUCUGCAUUAUGGUCAUUCCCAAUUGGAGAGUGUGCGACAUGGAUUGACUUUAUAAAGCAUUUCUUCGAGAUUUGGCCACUUAGAUUUGAAUUUUCGUAUGAUGGUCACGUAAUCGCACCGAAGGAUUGGCCAAGGAUACUCAAACGAGCCAAAAACUCAAAGGUUUGCCUUGAUUUUCGACUAAGCUCAAAGUCAAAAAUGCCUCCAGCUGGGGUUCUGAUAGCACCGAGUGAUUCAAUUGGAGGCUUUGGCCAGAAAGGAAGCCAAAAUUCUGAAAAAGAUGGUGCCUCCCACCAACCGGACUUGAAAACACCAAAGGAAGGUGUCAAUACGAAAGCAUCAUAUUCUAAAUCUGUUGACGCCUCGACAGCAGCAGAAAUAGCCUAUUCGGAUGAAUUCCACCUUUUCAACUGGAUGAACACACAAAUUGACGUAUCAGUUACUCCAAGUCUCACCAGAAGCUCGACAACCCGUGAUGUUGCGAGUAUCAAUGAAACUUUGCUACAUGACGAUCUGCAGGAAAUCAACGACUACCUCUUGCAGAAAACCAAUAUCAACGAAAAAUUUGCGUACAAAGCUAGCCCAAGGCAUUCAAGAAAACAGUUUUAUGAUAUUUUGUUUGAAGUUGAAAGCAAAAUCCAGGCGGACCAAUCGCUUCAGACAACAUAUGGAUUACAGGUGGAACUUGCCAAUGCUGCGGAGGUCCUAUUUAGGUUCUUUCUAUCCCCACAGGAUUCCGGUCCUACCACUGAAGAAUUUUGGGGUCCAUUAUAUGAGAUAAUCGUAGCAAUGCUUCCGUAUGGUCUGAUUCAAGCAGAUGGGUCUCUAGAGAAUGAUAAUUCAAAAUUUGGGCCGCAGAGGUUUUCUGAUAGACCUUGGAUUGUAGAUACGAGAGAUGUCAGACAAAUUAUUGACUGGAUGACGUUCAUUGGAAAGCGCAUAGAAGUUUUCAAAGAACUUCUGUCUGAAGUUCCAAUUCUGGAGCGCUGCGAAAUCGAUAUCUCUGAGAAGCUGCCUCGAGCAUGGUUACAUGUGCUCAUGGCUCUCGCUUUUACAAAGGAUAUGGCGUCUUCCUGGUACUCACACAUGAAUCUAUGUCUAGACCUCAUGAGCGAAGGUAUGGAGGAAACUCUCCAGACACUAUCGAAAUACAAGCUUUCGGAAUAUGUUGUUUUUUCACCUUUCGAUUUGGCCUCUCUCAUAACCUUUCAGCUUUCGCAAGAUUUAACGGGCUCUUGUCCAGACAUCUGUGUGACAUAUGUUGACUACAUGAUAUCCCUCGAACUUGAUAUCGAUGCCGAUCCAAUCAAUAGAGAGCACCAAGGCAGAAUUACUGACUUAAAACAAGAAAUUUCAGUCAUUCUAGAAACCCUAGAAAUUCAAAGAGAAGUCAUAAACAACGCUUUGCACGCUCAAUCAAGGUCAAAUUUCCAGAAUGCCAGGUUGAAUCGAGUUGUUCCUGAACCUAAAUAUGAGUAUAAACUACCAACAUUUUUUGAAUCUCGUAAUACAUAUCACCGGAAUCACGAGCGAUCGGUCUAUCAUGGCGACAACUACGGAGGUUUCGAAAUCAUGAAUACAGGUCCUGCAAUUAAUCAGUCGGCUCGCGAUGAUACCCGUGGAGUGCAAGGUCUUCUAUUUCGAGAAAGCCUGGCACUUAUCGAUGAGCGUAUCGAAGUAUUCCGUGAUAUCAAUGGUCGCGCUAUGUACCUCGAGGAUUGGAAUCUUCGAAGUAUUGAUACAAAUAAAGAUAGACAAGAAAAUGCCGUCUACGCAUUCACAAUCGUAACGAUUAUCUUCCUGCCACUAAGCACUGUCGCUUCCAUUCUUGGUAUGAACACCAAUGAUGUGCGUAAUAUGGAAGUCACGCAAUGGUUAUUUUGGGCAAUUGCUAUUCCCAUGACGAUAAUCAUCAUAGUUUUGGUGUUAAUAUGGUCCGACGAAUGGUACAAUUUCUGGGCCGGAUUUAAAAAUCUAUGGGGAAAGAAGACAAAACGGAGACACGCACUUUUACCAGAUGAAUAUCCUAGGGUAGAACCAAAAUCCGGAUUUGCUUUUGCGCCGACAGCAAGAGCAAGUGGGAUUUAUCCCGGGCAUUACCCUCCACCAUCUAGACCUUUUCUAAGAUCGAGAAAGUCGCGUACCAUGUUUGAUGACGUAUCUUUGCCGUAUUAACAAGUUGUUAUACUUGAAAUUACCUAUCAAUUAUUUGUUUUAUAUAUCGUGUCUGACCUAUCAUUUCGUCGUGUUGACGACUCUUUAUCUUCAUCAGAGUAUCCGAGAUUUCAGACUGCCAUCCGAUUUGAUAGUCCUAGGUUUCAAAACAUUGUUAAUCUUUUGACGUCUCUGAAGUAUUUUAAGUCAAAUCCCUCA